AUGGGAAAGCAUUUGCACAUCGAUAAACCGGACACCCUUCAACCGGAACAUGUUCAUAUUACGGCGAGCGGAUUGAAUGCUUUCCAGAACUAUCGAUUCUAUAUGAAACUUCGUCACAAUUAUGGAUCGCAUUUCUCUCAGGCGGUUUUUCGCGCCGAUUCACAUGGAAGAAUCGAUCUGAAAACAGCGCAACCACUUCGGGGAACCUAUUUUGAAGCCGAUCCAAUGGGCUUAUUUCUUUCAAUGACGCCUUCUGAGGACUUCGCGUUUGGCGGCUACCUUCGUUGCACUCCUCCAAUUCCAUUCAUCUACGAAUUACAACUUCUCGAUAAUGCCGAGAAAUUGAUCGACAAAAUUUAUAUCAAAAAACACUGGAUGCAUCCGAAGCUUACUCGGACGGAAAUCGAACACGACGGAUUCUACGGGACCCUAUUCAAACCGCCUGGCGACGGACCAUUCCCUUGUGUCAUGGAUAUUUCGGGAACUGGAGGAGGUCUUCAUGAGCAUAAGGGUUCCAUGCUAGCUUCCGAAGGAUUCGUGGUCAUCUGCGUAGCUUUUUUCCAAUUUAAAGACCUCCCUUUAAAGCUUGAAGACGUCGAAAUUGAAUAUUUUUUGAAGCCAAUUCAAUUUCUGUUAGAUCUACCGUAUACCACAAAUAUGCUUGGUAUCCAGGGUGUCUCUUUUGGUGCAACUUUGGUGAAUUUGAUGGCAACUCGUUUUCCACAGAUCAAAUCAGUAGUUUCAAUUAACGGACCACAAGCGCUUUGUUCGUAUUCAACAAUUCGCGAAAAUGGAAAAUAUCUGCCAUGCGUUGUACUCGACGACCAAAAAUAUUUCUUCUUGAACACAAUUAUGUGCACGUACAAGUGUUUCAAGGAAAUCACAAAAGAUUUGACGCCGGAAACCGAAAUUCCGUGGCAUCGAAUUCCGAGAGACACCAAAUUCCGGUUGAUUGGCAGUGUCGACGAUCUCUGCGCGCCGUCGGUCCACGCGAAUCUGUACAUGCAAGAGAAGCUGAAAGAGACUGGACACGAAGUUGAGCUCGAGCUGGUGAAUGGUGGUCAUAUCAUGGAACCGCCAUACUUCCCACAUCACGAGAUUGUAUAUGCCAAAUUCCAAGGAUUCUAUUGUGGAUACGGUGGCGAAGUUGUGCUUCAUGCAAAAUCUCAAGAGCGCACUUGGGCAAACACAAUCAAAUUUUUCAAACGAACGUUGGGAUGUCCACCGGACAUGCCCGAUUGGGAUCGACUCUCCUACAUCGAGCCACCAGCAAAGAACACCGAGGAAAGAAGUCGUUUAUAA